AUGAAGAUCAAGGAUAAGAGUCCUGCCAAGACGGGGAGGGGGAGGGGAAGGCCGGCUAAGGGGAAGGAAGUUGCUAAGGAGGUAGCUAAGGAGGAAAGCAAGGCGGAUGUGGCUAAGGAGAAAAGCAGCGCAGAGGAGGACGAGGAUGUGAUGGAGGUCGUGGAGGAGGAGGUAUCCUCAGCAUCCGCAUCCGAAAUCGAAGCCGAAGAGGAAGAGGAAGACGAGGACGAAAAGACCGAAGCAGUUGCCAAAGAGGCUCGCAAGGUCAUCCAGACCACACUCGCAACCAAGGUCAAGGACCCCUACCCAGACUGGAAGGCCGGCGAGCCUGUUCCUUAUGCUGCCCUCUGCACGACGUUUUCGCUCAUUGAGCAGACGCGGAAGAGACUACUCAUCAUGGAGUACUGCUCUCUUUUCCUGCGCCAAGUCCUCCGUCUUACGCCCGACGAUCUGCUGCCUACCGUUUUGCUCAUGAUCAAUAAGCUUGCGCCGGAUUAUGCAGGUAUCGAGCUGGGCAUUGGCGAGUCGCUCAUCAUGAAGGCUAUCGGCGAGACUACGGGCCGCAGCAUCGCUGUUGUCAAGAACGAUCAGAAGGAGAUUGGAGAUCUGGGGCUGGUGGCUGUCAAGUCGAGGUCGAAGCAGCCGACUAUGUUCAAGCCCAAGCCGCUGACCAUUCGCGGUGUGCAUAAGGGUUUGAUGGAUAUCGCUACGACGAUGACGGGCACGGGUGCUCAGCAGAAGAAGGUGGAUGGUAUCAAGAAGCUUUUGUCGGCUGCGGAUGCGAAUUCCACUGGCAAGGUGGACAUCACCAAGGAGAAGGGCGGGCCGAGCGAGGCCAAGUUCAUCGUCCGGUUCCUGGAGGGUAAGUUGCGGUUGGGACUAGCAGAGAAGUCCGUCAUUGUCUCCCUGGCGCAAGCCAUGAUUGCACAUGAGUUCGCGCAAAAGGGGAAAAUCCCCAGCGAAUCCGACUUUAGCAAAGCCGAGUCGAUCCUCAAGACCGUCUACAGCGAGCUGCCCAGCUACGACGUCAUCAUCCCCGCCAUGCUCCAGCAUGGCAUCAUGAACCUCCGCGAGCACUGCAAGCUUCGCCCGGGCGUGCCGCUCAAGCCCAUGCUGGCUAACCCGACCAAGGCCAUCACCGAGGUGCUCGAUCGCUUCGAGGGCCAGACGUUCACGUGCGAGUACAAGUACGACGGCGAGAGAGCGCAGAUCCAUUACGUGGCCAAGGACGCGCCCAAGAGCGAAGGCGACCUCAGCCAGGUCGCUAGCAAGGACACUGGGAAAGGUGUUGCGGCUAUUUUUUCACGCAACUCGGAGGAUUUGUCACAGAAGUACCCGGAUGUGCUCGCGAAGCUGCCGACCUGGGUCAAAGAAGGCACCAAGAGUUUUGUGCUGGACUGCGAGUCCGUGGCGUGGGACACGGUCGACCACAAGUUGUUGCCGUUCCAGCAGCUGAUGACGCGGAAGAAGAAGGAUGUCAAGCUGGAGGAUGUCAAAGUCAAAGUGUGCGUGUUUGCGUUUGACUUGUUGUAUCUGAACGGCCAGGCGGUGGUGGAGAAAAGCCUGAGGGAACGGAGGGAGUUAUUGAGGGAGGCGUUCAAGCCUGUGGAGGGCGAGUUUGCGUUUGCGACCAGCAUGGAUGGCCAGGAGCUGGAUGAGAUUCAGACUUUUCUGGAUGAGUCCGUGAAGGCGGGUUGUGAAGGGUUGAUGGUUAAGAUGUUGGAUGGCGCGGAGAGUGGGUACGAGCCAUCUAAAAGGAGUCGGAACUGGUUGAAGAUCAAAAAAGACUACCUAGCCGGCAUAGGCGACUCGCUCGACCUCGUCGUUCUUGGCGCCUACCACGGCAAAGGCAAGCGCACCUCCGUCUUCGGCGCCUUCCUUUUAGCCUGCUACAAUCCCAGUACCGACACCUACGAAACAGUCUGUAACAUCGGCACCGGCUUCUCCGAUGAAGUUCUACAGGAACUCCACUCUUCCUUAUCGCCCAUCAUCAUCGACCGGCCCAAGCCCUUUUACGCGCACUCCUCAGGUGGGCAGCACCAGCCGGAUGUCUGGUUCGAACCGAAAUACGUGUGGGAGGUCAAGACGGCCGAUCUGACGCUUAGCCCGAGGUAUAAGGCGGGCAUGAAGGAAGGGGUGGACCCGAGUGGUGAGAAGGGCAUUUCUCUCAGGUUUCCGAGGUUCAUCAAAGUCAGAGAUGAUAAGAAGCCGGAUGAGGCGACGACGAGUAGAAUGGUGGCUGAGAUGUAUAGGAAGCAGGAGAGCGUGGGGAAGAAUAAGGGACCGGCUGUUGAUGAUAAUUUUGAGUAUUAG